AAUGCUGCUCCACCUGCUGGCGCGCGCGCUGACACUUAUGAAUCACCUGCCCGCUUGUCACCAUAGCAACGGCGAAGACGCUGGAGAGUGUUAGCCUGGAGAAUGGAUUUACAUUAUCACAACGUUUAACACUCAACCUUUAACAUCAACAAUAAGACAAAAAAAACAAGAAAAAGAACGUUUUUUUUUUUGGUCUCAAAAUUAGCAACGUGUUUCUCACAGCAGCAUUACAUCUCUAACGGUUUUUUUUCCCUUCCACACUUUGUUAGCAGGCUAGCUAAUUUAACUAACAUUAGCUAGAGCUAGCCACUGCACUAGCCAUGGCUGAGACUCGUGUUGUUCCAAGCGGAAAGGUUUACCGACAAAUGUUUGACGCUCAGGCUCACCUGUCACUGUCUCUUCAUGAGAGGAGGAGGAGGCGUGCUGCUCUUGCAGGUUGUCUGAGUGGGGAUAACCCCAUUAGCAGGAACACAGAUACUGGAUCCCAUCAGCGUCCUCUAAGGAGUCAAACUGGGACUGAGCAGUGCUCUGAGGACACCAUGAGAAACCAGCUGUUUUCAGGAACGAAGCCUGUAUUAAACAUAGACCAGGAUGAUCAUGAAGAGAUCAGAGGACUGCCUGACAGUGUCGUUUCAGCAAAGACAGGCUCAGACAUCAUUGAGCGACUCAUGGAGAAAAAACAAAGGGAACACAUGGAAGCUGUCACUCAGCUCCAGAGGAAUCUUACUGAGCUCAGUGUGGGGUAUGAGUCAUUGUUGAGAGACACUGGAGAAGAUUUCCUACUAAAACUGUCAGAAUAUGAUGAGGAGGUGGAGAGACUGAUGCAGAAAACAGAACAAGGUGGUGAUUUAGAAGCCUUGAGCUAUCAGGAUCUACACGAGAUUUGGAACUCUGUGAGCCAUGAGUCUGCUAUGAGGAGAAAUUGUAUCCAGGAGUUGGAUGAGCUGUUUGUCAAAUAUGAGAUCGAUCGAGCAGCAGUGAUUAGUGCAAUCCUAAGGAAAUACACAAUGAAACUUGAAAAAAUCAGUUAUGUGAUGCCCAGUGAUGUCCAUCGACUAAUUAAUAACGAAGCUAUGAUGAUAAAUCAAGCAUUACUGGCAAACAGACGAGCUGUGGCCAAACUACGUUUGAACCUGAUGGAGAAGGAUUUGCAGAAAGAGGUUCUUUACCACCUGAGAUGGGAGACAAAGCUUCAGGACUGGAAAAAACUCAAGGUUGUUGCUGCAGUCAGCCAGUUUAAAGACUUCAUGAACAGCCCUGAGAUUCAAAACCCAAAAAAUGUACAAGACACUUUAAACACCAUGCAGACAAAACAAAAAGUGUACAGUGAGCAACGCCUGAAAAUCCUUCAGCAAGUCAGAAAUAUGACCCCACCAAACUGCUCGAAAUCAUCCACUGCUGAGUGGUACUCCUCUUUAUCUUCAGUUAAUGAGCAAAUUGAUUGCAUGCACACUGAGGCCAUGACAAAACUGCGUGACUAUUAUGAGAAUACUUGGCAAGGCUGUUCCCUGGAAGUUGAACGCUUUAAGAAUGAAGUAUCUACCUAUGGAGUCACCUCAGACGAGAUACAGGACAUUGUUAAUAGUGAGAUGGUGCCUCUUAUUGGCAAGUGCCAGACCCAAGCAGAGGAGCGUUUAGCAGCAAUGGAAAAAGCAUUUGAGGGUUUGGCCAAAACUGCUGCAUUCUUGAGUAAGUCUUUGUUCAAGUUUGUGCGCGGGGCGGCUAAAAUCUGGGAGGUGCACAGUGCAGGUCUGCAGAGGACAGAGCAGCAGCUGCAGGAUUAUCUCGAAGACGUCAGCAAGAACUACGAAGAAAAGAACCAAAAAAAAGAGGCUCAGCUGGAUGUGAUGAUGGACAAACUCAGGCAGGAAAGCACAGAGGAAGCCCUCAAAGCUUCACUGGAGCAGACACUUAACUUUUUAGAGGAAAUUAAAGAAGGGUGUGUCAGUUUCUAUAAGGAAGGAGUUGAUAUAGUGGAGAGUUAUCCUGUAAUGGUCCUAGAAGAAACACACGCAUACAGCAUAGCAGUCAGUCGAUACUUCAGUGUCAAUGAAAUAUACAGUCAGGACCCAGAGGAGCUUCAGAAACUUUAUCCUUCACUUAUCCUUAGUGCAAGUCGGGUAUCUUGCAUAAAGAAGAAGUCAUCCUCAGUAAAUCUUUGCCCAAAUGCUUUCCAGAAUGUUACUCCUCAAGCACACACUCCUGAUUUAGCCCAUGCUCAGGAUUUCAGAGACUCUCAAAACAAUGAAACUUUCACAACAGUAAAGGGAAACGUCUACAGCUGCCCUGUAAUACAAUGUGAUGAUGCUGAAGAGCAUCUGAAAGUUAAGGAAGUGGAAGCAGUUUUGUAUCCAAAAAGUCUCAUAGUUGAAUUACAAAGAGAUGUGAGAGAGAAAUUUUUUAAUCACCUUGAGGAGAGGAAUCAGGAGGUUCUGAAUCACACCAUGGCCAUCAUGGAAACCAAGAAAGAGAAGCUGAAGUCUGAACUGGAUCUCCACCUCCAUCUCCAUCAGCCUCGAGCCAAGAGGAUUGAGAUGGACAUCCACAAUGUCCGAGCAGCGGAAUUGAUCUUGCAUCAAGAUCGUGUGGAAAGACACUGCAAAGGAAUUUUACAGGCUCUAGCUGAUUUCCGAACCGACUUCAACAACCUCCAGGUCACACAGCGCAAAAUAAAUGAAGACUUUCGGGCUAAAAUCUACAGCAUGGAAGACAUGUUAUACACUGCUACCAAAUCUGACACGCUGGUGAAACUCGGUGCUUCACUACAGAUCAGCUUGGCUGAGCAAUUGAAUGACAUCCAGGAAUUACAGAGGCAAUUUAGACAAAAUUUGGAGAUCAGAUUCGAGGGCCUUAGAGAGGCCAAUGCACAAUUAAUGAAACAUUUCAAGCUGUUUGCUGAAGGAGGUAAUUUUACCUUGAAAGAAAUCGAGCAAUACAGAAAGCAUCUAGAGAAGGUGGCUAAGCGCAUUGACUCAGCUGAUGAGGCUCUAAUGCUGGACAUGGAGAGCACAGAGUCCAAAUGCCUGGACCAGGCAAAAGAGGUGAUCAAUAAGUUUGAAGAGAAGGUCCAGUUUAUGAAAGUGGAUCUAAUCUUUCUUGAGAAAAUCCAAAGAGUACUCACAAACACCCAAGUCCAGAUUAAAUCAGAGGCCAUGAAGAGCAACACUCACAAAAAAAUGAUCAACACUCUGAUGAGUGAACUGAAAGACAGGCUUGAUGUCUACAACCAACGCAGUCUGGAUAACAGGGUAACAUCUGGUGACAUUUUUGAUUUAACAUCUUCACUGAUAGAAGAACUCAGAAAGAGAAGUCAAUAUCUGGACUGUUAUCUGGACCCUUCUAUGGCUGUUCCACUGCCUGACGCUCCUCUGCAGGGGGCGUUUGCCGUGGCUGCUCGGCCACGGUCCCGUAAACAGGAGAAGGUGGGAAGCCCAGCUGCAGAUCCCCUUCUCCAGCCCAGCUGCAUGGGAGCUGCCUUCAUGGAUGACAAGGCUGUAGAGGUGAUCAGGGGACUGCUAAGGAUAAGCAAACGUCAAGCCUGCCAAGAGGGCAGUGAAGCUCUAAAAGAGACAAACUCAGCAACAGUAACAGCUUCUGUCAGACAAAGCACUCCUCCAGGGUCAGGUCAAAGGUCAGGAAACAUUGUGAACCUGUCAGGCUUAGAGUCCCUGAACAGGAAAUCAGCUGGGUCAGUUAACUCACAGAGGAGGUUGACCAAACCUACUCGGCUCGAUAAGAGAUUCCAAGUGUUCGGCCCUAAACCUGAUGAUCAACAGGAAAUCCUCACUUUUAAGGGUUUGAUCACUAAAAUUCUGUGGGAAGCCAAUGACCUUCUCCUUCAGGUGGCUGAGGACUUCUACAAGAAAAAGGAACGCCGCUUGAUCACCCGUCCUCAGUAUAUUCAGGAAUCUUUUGAGCUGUGCGCCGAAGACUUGAACAAGAGACUCCUCGUCUACCAGAGUCAAUCUCACGAGUACCACCGUGGCUGUGUACAAGAGUUCUGUAAGCAGCUGAAGACCAUUGAAGAGAUUGUCUGUGAGAUACCUGAAGCGCUUCUAACAAAACUGAGGGAUCAGCAUUUGGAGGACCUGAGUCGGAGUUUGACACUGAUCCGCCAGCAGUUUCAACAGACUCGGCAACAAAGUGAACAAAACAAGAGAGAACACAGCAGUCAGCUGUGUGUACGUCUGAGCCACCCGGCAUGUGAAGAAGAACUCAACAGGCUGGUCACAGCUGAGGAUGACAGGCAGGAAGAACAGAGGAAGGCUUUUGAGAUUAACAGACUGGAACUCCAGGCCUGUAUUAAGAAGAAUGCAGAUGAGUUUGUGACUGCACUUGCCACAUUGACAGAGAACUUGCUCUUCCAAUUGGACAACAUCCUGACCGUUGACGAGAUCCAAGGUGGAUCCGUAGAACCAAAGCAGGAAAACCUCACCACACUUGUUCGUCGAACACAAGCGGGUACUCAACGGGAGAAGCACGAGAGAAGACCUUUGUUGGAGAGAGGGAGCAGAGCGUGGCCAGGAGUUAGUUACUUUGGAACCACUGAUGGUUCAUCUGUCAAGCAACAGAAACGAGAAACAGCCACCAUCACUACAGCUAAAAGCACGACAGCACAGCUUAAGGUUAUGGAGGUUCGAAAUGCACUGCAUCAGAGUUAUGAGCAGAGGAUCAUGGAGGAGUUUGAGAGCGUGGAGAAAUCCAGGCAGGAACAGGAGGCAGAGUUGUUCCAUUGGCAAGAGCACUGGAGAGACCAACUAAAGACACUCUCUACAAUCAACUCCGAAUGACUGUGAGGGAUUAGUGGACAUUUUGUGUCAGGAACGAUACUGAAACAAUACAAAUCUCACCCUGGAAACAAGCCCAGGAUUAAUUUAGAGUCUUCAGUCCACCUACUGGCAAGUUUUUGAAAGGUGGGAGGAUCCUGGGUGUGAAUGAGCAUGUGAAUGAGUGUACAUAGUGCCCUGCAAUGGAAUAUAUACAAUAAACUUUAUUUAAAAUAAGCUUUACCAAUUAAAAACUUACAUUAACUGUUUAUAAUUUUUGUGUGUGCUGAGAGAGGAAAAAAAAGAUUUAGACUUAAUUUUAAACAAAAUUUAUUGAAAUUACAAAACAUGUAUUUCUUUUUUUAGACUGCCCAUUUUUAAAAAUGCUAAUUUAUGUAGUGAAGUUUUCCUUAGUGUUACUUGAUUAAAAAAAAAAAUCAGAAAAUACUGUGGCUACAGUAAAAAAAAAAUAAUAAUAAUAAACUUUUCAAGUAUCAUUGAUUAGUGUUGUGCAAAGAUUAAUGAAAACUUGGUACAGCAGUAGUAAAAGUUCUUCUCUGAGAUAAUCUCAAGUACAAACAGGGAAACGAAUGCUUUCUUUUGCUAUAGAAACAUGGUUAAUUCACAGUGAUAAAGUUGCUAGCUAGAUUACUGUAGAUAAUACAAAUUUUAUACAAAAAUAUUUAAUACUUAAUAGAAUAGAAUAUGUUCAGUUUCAGCAGCUCUUACAGAUGGAGGCCCAACAGUAUUUCAGCCACAUUAGUUUCCAGGACCUUGGAUAUUGUUCUUGCAUUAUUAUAAAACAUUUAGACUCAAUUUCGUGUUUAACUACGUACCUUCUUGUAAAGCAUCUUAAGCACAUUCUAAUAAAAUCCUGAUUUGACUCCA